UCCUCACACGUCGCGUGUCUUUCCAACACAAAGAUCCCAAAGGCCAAAACGCCAAAAGCAAGGAAAUAUAUUUUUACGUGUGGGACCCAAUAAUUAAGCCCCAUUACGACUCACGAGGAUUCAAAUAUGGCGGUGAAAGGAAUAUAUAGGUUUUUGAGGACGACCAAAACGAAACAAUGAGAUGGACGGGGUGGCAGUGGAAAGUUUCAACGAUGGCUCUGUGACGCCUCUGUCGUCCAUAGCGGAGGCCUUCGAGGAGCUCGCCAGGCUCUUGAAAUCACACAAGGAAGGGUCCAAAGAAGAGGCGCGGCUCCGAUUGGACACCUUCUGCGACGCCUGCUCUUGGGUCUCCGUUCUUUUUGAAUGCCUCGGCAUCGCUUUCAAGUUCGCCGAAUUGGAGUACGUCGCCAAGGUUCGCAAUCUUAAGGAAGCAUCAAGGACACAUAGCACUUUACAAGAAAUACUUGAUCUCGAUGUUUCAAAUGGCACUGUAAAGAAACCAGGAAGCCUUUCACGUAAUUUACGACGAGUUAGACAGGGGCUUGACCUCAUCAGAGCUUUAUUUGAGCACUUUUUUUCAACUGAAGAUCACUCUUUGAAGGCAGCAGCUUCAACAGCUUAUGCGCAAGUUUGUGCACCAUACCACUCAUGGACAGUGAGGACAGCGGUAGCUGCUGGGAUGUAUGCUCUUCCAACAAGAGACAAACUUCUGCACAAGCUCAACGAAACUGAUCAGUCAGCAGAGAAGAAAAUGAGAAGGUAUGUCAGUGCUGUGCUUCCUGUAAUAGCCUACAUUGACAAGCUUUACCGCUCCAGGAAUAUCAGCUUGGACUGGUGACUUCACAUUUGUGCGAGAUUUCUUCUUCCAUGGUAGCCUAGGAAGUCUGUCAUGAAUCUUGCUGUUCGAAGACAGCCGUGGAGCUUCCUUGAAGUGUUUCUUAUUCAUCAAUAACCAUUUCUAGCGCUCCUUUUCUUUUCUUUUUUUAACCCAUUGAUGCUUUUAUCAUAUCCAAUUAAUUAUGCGAUAUUAGUUUUGCCAUAGUUAAUGGGCAUGCAUUUUUAACAGGAGCCAUAGUUAAUGGCAUGCAUUUUUAACAGGAGCCAUAGUUAAUGGCAUGCAUUUUUAACAGGAAGUCCAAAUUCGUCAACUCAGUUUAUUAAGUUUGGCAUGUGUUCAAAAUGCAUGUAAUUCUCACAUAUACCUUUAAAAAUUCACGUGAGAAUCAUAUGCAUUUUGAUUACAUAUCAAUUUAAUAGACUGAAUUGAAAAAAAUUCCUGCAUUUAGUUUAGAGGAAAACUUUGUUCUUUUUAAGAUGUAGCAGUGCUUAUCAAGACUAUGUAAUAUGAUGACUUGUAUACAAACAGUUGUCACCAGGCAAGAAGUAUAAUCUUUUGCCAAAAUUGGUUUAGAACAGUCAAA